GAGGCGGACUUCAUGUCGGACCACUAUCGGGUUCAGAGGCCAUCCUUGUGCCUCAUUUCCCACGGUCGCAGACCCUCAAAGAUGAGAAGAUGGUGAACGACCUGAAAGCCAUCCUUUGCACCAAGGACCUGCGAUGUCUUGUCUUGCUCCUCCGGUCCGAGCAGGAUCUGCGCACCCUUCAGGAGAGCAUCGGCUCCUUCGGCAUGCCCGGAAACCCGGCCAUGCUCUUUGCUUUCACGCACCAUGAAGCCCUCAAGAACCAGGGCCUCCUGAAGGAGCCUGACAGUGGCUGGAGUUUCUAUGACCCCGAGCAGGAGAGUGCUGCAUUGCAAAUUUGGGGCUCGGGUGAAGGCACGGUGAACAUUCGGGGGAGAUACCUUUGCGUCGAGAAAGUCACAUCCAGCUGUGCCAGUCUCGCGGACGAUCUCAGCCGAGCCACGCAAGAGGCGGCGAAGACGGCGAGUCGGUGCAUCACCAGCAGGCAGCAGAUCUCCGAGCCACUUCGGCGGCCGCCCGGAAGGCGGGAUGAGAAGCCGCGGCUGGUCCGGGUCCCCUCGGGGUCGACGCCGGCGGCGCCGGCAGCAGAGCUCCCCACGGCGCUCCCCGCGGCACUCGCGCUCGCGGUCCAGAAAGCGAGCAAUCCAAAUGAUCGCAGACCAUGGAUCGAGAAAGAGAAGGGCGGCGUGAAGCUCUUCGUGGGUCGCCUUCCCCGGGAGGUGAACAAGGCGAGCCUAGAGGAGUGCUUCAACGAGUUUGGGGAGGUCCUGGAGGUCUUCAUCAUUGCCUCGCAG